UCAAAAGCGUUUUGCACGAAAAUUAUCUUGGGAAGCUCGAGAAAAUGUGAGUGAGUUGUGUUUAGCGAAUCGGAAAUUAGUAUUCAUUGUUUCAUCUGAGAAAGCUUAAGAAAAUGCCUAGAAACGGCGAGGAAGAGAGCGUUCCCGGAACUCCGUCGAGCACCCGGGUCAGAGCCAGACCGGAUCCUUUCUUGGUAGCGUGUAGGUGCUUCAGUUUAUUGACCUGUUUGGCUGCCAUCCUUUGCAUCGCCGUCAAUAUCCUCUCUGCUGUGCACUCCUUCAAGAACGGAUCUGAUGUUUUCGAUGGCAUAUUCCGGUGUUACGCUGUGUUGAUAGCUUUUGUUGUGGUUGUGGCCGAAACGGAAUGGAGUUUCAUAACCAAGUUCUGGCAGGUUUUGGGAUACUGGGCUGGCAGGGGUAUGCUGCAGAUUUUUGUUGCAGUAAUGACAAGGGCUUUCCCUGACUAUCUUGGGAAGAGAAGGGAUCUUGUUCUUCUUCAGAAUAUAUCAUGCUAUUUGCUUCUUGCUUGUGGUGUAGUUUACAUUGUCUCGGGAAUACUAUGCAUUGGUUUUCUGAAGCGUACCCGCCAGCAGCAGGAAAUCACAAGAGAGCAGGCAAUCAAGGAUCUAGAGGAGUUGCGACGGCGUAAGGAGGAGCUUGAACAACUGCUUCUCCCAGAAGAGGUUUGAAACUUUUCAAAUGAAUUGUGACUAACUGAUUACUUAGCGUAAAGGUAUAUCCGCUGGAAAAGACCUGAAUUUUGGUUGCUGAUUUGCUGUUCUGUACAAAGUUGUUUUUUAUUCUUUGGAGUAAUUGAAGUUUGUUCUGUAAGUUUGGCGAUUUGAACUACAUCCAACAGGCAGAGGCAUGGAUCUUGAUUUCUGUUUUUGCUGUUUCAUAGGAUGUGGCUGCCUAAUCUAUGUAAAAAGUGAAUUUUCUGUACGUCGGGCACAUGACAGUAAAUAUUAAAGUAAUAUACAAACACAAUUCUGUUUUGACUGUCC